AUGCAAUUCAAGAUUCACGAUACUGACUUGGGGAAGAAGCAGACAACUUACUGCUGCGUAUCCGACCAGUGCCAACACCACCUGAUCGCCUCCACCGACUCCAUCCUCCACUCCAACGUGGCAUUUCUCCAGCACCUCCAGUCUCGCAACCUCUGCGAUAUCAUACGCGGCGCCGUUGUCGAUACGCGUCAGAAUUUCGCCAAGCGUAUCCUUGAUCCUCCACAGCAUACCGACAUUGCCCGUGAACGAUGUGGUGAUAAGUUCGUACCCGAAGAGCAAGAUCUGAACUCUCUGCCGAUGAGAGAGGUUGUCGCGAAUCGUCAUGGGAUAUUGAGGCCUCUCGACGCCGAGGAAGCAGUCGACGAUGUCGUGGCAAAACUGAGGGUACUUUGUGGCCGUAUCGAGGAGGUGGUAUUGCGAGUAAUUGUGGCCUAUGGCCAGGUUCACGUCAACGCCAGAAAAGCGAGGGAUAGCCAUGCCGGCACAAGGGCCUCCUCAAGUAGGGACAGUCUGGCCUGUCUCCGCAAGGUCCUCUCCUUCUCAAGGUUCUCGGCCGUCACCUUGAGUAGGGCCAAAUUCUGCAGCAGUUCCAUGGCAGCCUGGAAGCUUAUUAAGAAACUUUUCUGA